AUGGAUAAUAUUUUACUCUUGAUGAUAUCAUUAUGCAGUGUUGAAAUUGCAAGUUCUUCUACAAUAGAAAAUACAAAGUUACUGUUACAAGACUUGUUCUCAAAUUACUCUGAUGAUGUACUUCCUAUUAAAGACCAAACCAAACCUGUUAAUGUAUAUAUGGACAUUUCUCUUAUCUCCAUAAACGACUUCGACGAAGUGGCAGGAACGAUAAAGAUAAUCGCCAUCUUGAAUAUUUCUUGGAAUGACGAAAGUUUGGUGUGGGAUACCUCUGUAUAUGGGAAUACAACAUCACUGACAUUUACUCAGGGAAAAAUAUGGCUUCCGCAAAUGUUUCUUUUAAAUCCAGCCGAGUCGAAUGAACCAAUCAGUAAUAAACAUUUCAAAGUAACAGUUACACAUACCGGAGAUGUUCAGUGGAAUUCAGGAGGAAUGUUGAAGGCGAUAUGUACACCCGAUGUUUCCAAAUUUCCUUUCGACCAGCACACGUGUACACUAGACGUGAGUGCGUGGGGAUUCUUAACCAAACAGGUGACGUUGACAAUACCUUCACCGACGGUAAAUCUUAAAUUAUAUAAUGUGAACAAUGAAUGGGAUGUAAUAGAUUCCAAUACCACACUUUGGUCUGAUACUUUUGACAUUGCGAAAUACUCUAUAACAAUCAAGAGGCGUUAUUUGAAUUUCCUGGUGACUGUUGUGAUACCGAUCGUCAUGCUCGCCCUUGUGAACCCAUUCGUUUUUAUUUUACCCUUCAACUCAGGAGAACGGACAUCGUAUAGCAUCACAGUGUUACUGGCUUUCACGGUGAAUAUGACGGUGGUUAGUGACCGGAUGCCUUCCUCUUCACACCCCGUGUCUCAUUUAUCCUACUACAUAUUGUCCAUGAUUUCUGUCAGUGCUGUCAUUGUAAUUGUGAACAUGUUUCAAACUAGAACAUACAGUAAAGGUGAUCGCAACCAACCAAUUCCGCGAUAUAUCAGUAAAUCUGUGGACUUCCUCCAACAAAUCUGCAGAAGUAAAAGAAUUGGAGAUGAAACGCAGCACGUCUUUACACAAAGUAGUAGGAAUGACCAAAUAGAUAAGGAUGCAGCUGGAGAAAACAGUCUUAUACACGACAUUUCGGAGUCGCCAGAUAAAACUGAAGAGCCAGUGCAUGAAGGUGUAAAGUCAUACGUUAUUGAGGAUACCUUCUCUGCCAGCAAAGGAAAACUGUUGAACUUUCCGAUGUUAUCAGCCUACGAUCUGACUUGA